UUCACACUGCUAAAAAUGUAUUAAAUUUUGAAAUCGAAGUAAAAUUUAUUUCUGUUUAAAAUGAAUGUAUUCCCGAACAUAAUUUUAUUUCUGCUUUUCUUCGUGUCGGGAUUACAGAGCAGUUUGGCCCUAACCUUAUUGAACGAAGAUGGGAAGUUGAAUUUUACUGAACUAGCGGCAAAGUACGGGUUCCCGAAUGCGGUGACAAACGACGUGGUGACCGAUGACGGCUACAUCCUGGCGCUGCACCACAUCCCGGGCGACAAGCGCAAACCGGUGCUGCUGGUGCAUGGAAACACGGUGGACGCCUGCUGCUGGAUCAUUCGAGGCAACUCCUCUCUGGCUAUCAAACUCGCCAGGAAAGGCUACGACGUGUGGGCAAUCAACUCCAGGGGUACGACUUUGUCGAAGCGGCAUCUCUUCCUAGACGCUAACACGCAGAAGAGGGAGUUUUUUAAUUACACCUUUUACGAGCAAGGUAUUUAUGACAUGCCACCCACAAUCGAUUAUAUCUUAGAAGAGACCAAACAGAAGAGUCUCCUCGCCAUCGGGCACUCUAUCGGGACUACGAAUGUUUUCGUAUUAGGAUCCGUCCAACCCGAGUACAACGAUAAAAUCAAAGCGUUUAUAUCGCUAGCGCCCAUCAGCUUCAUCCAGAAUUUGAGAGGACUCGCAAGAGUUGGGUCAUUGUUAGGAAAAGCAUUGACCGGCGCAGAAGAAAUAGCAGGUAAAAAUGGACUUGUAAGUGGUGUGUUCAAUGCCACGUGUCUGGGGCCUCUCAGGUAUACGCUUUGCGUCGAGGGAGUCAUAUUCCCAUUGUUUGGUCCGGAUGCCAGAGGGUUAGAACGAGAUUUCGUUCGUACACUAUUCGGGCACUUUCCUGAAGGCAGCAGCAGAAAGCUGUUUGACCACUUGAUACAAAUAAUAGAACGAAACAAGUUUGCGAAAUAUGAUUACGGCUGGGAGGGCAACCUGGCGGAGUACGGGACGGAGCCAGGUGAGCAUGAAGGUGGCGCUGUUCAUGGGCAGCAACGACUACCUGGCGUCGGUGCCGGACGCCGAGCGCCUGCGCGACGACCUGCCAAACGUCGUGCACUACCAAGUCAUGCCCUACGAAGAUUUUAACCAUAUAGACUUCUUUGGGGUCGCGAAAUGCCCACUAAUUUUUAUCCCUACUUAAUGCCGGUUAUAGAAAAAUAUA